GCCUGGCGGUGCCUCCGACACAAUAGUUUCCCGCUGCGUCCGGCCGACCAGCGAUGGGUCCCCAGUGAACCGGUCCGGGACUCAUCCCUCAGAGCCGGCGGCUAAUAUGUGUCGCCGCGGUAUCAGCGGCUGCGCGACGCACGCGACGCACGACAUAAAAGCCGCCACCGCCGCCGCCGCCGCCACUUGCCACUGCCGGAUUGGGUUCGACUCCGGGGAGGGAGCGACUCAGCACUGUCACCGCUCGAGGUCGGUUAGCGUCUAAAAACACUCGAGGCGACCCAACCAGCCAAUGAAGGUACUGGGUGUGAGCUUGGCUGUCAUGUUGUUCCUACACACAUUGGCUCCGGCAAGAGCGCUAUAUCUCAACAGAAAUACUCUUGACGAUGCACCAGAGCUGCGUCCCCGGCUGUCGGGCGGAGAGCUGCGGCAGCUCGGCAGGCUGUCGGGCGGAGAGCUGCGGCAGCUCGGCCGGCUGUCGGGCGGUGACCUGCAGCAGCUCGGCCGGCUGUCGGGCGGAGAGCUGCAGCAGCUCACCGCCGGCCGCCAGCGCCGCUCCCGCCUGCCGCUCUGCAAGCGCGUCAAGCAGGAGGUGCCGCCGAUCUGCGCCGACGACGUCGAGUGCCAGCGCCACUACCUGCAGUACGUCAACAACAUGGUGCGCAUGCUGGACGCCGGCCGGCGCCGGCGGCGGUGAGCCGUCACCGAGCGGGGGACAGACGGGUGUGACCGGUGUGAGCCGAGGGUUUGGGCGCGGGCCGUGGCCGCUCGCGGCAGACGCUCCACGCUAGCUGCACGCAGCCCGGCGGCCGCUGAUUAUCUCAGCCGUCCCCUCUGGCUCAGUGUCCGAUAUCAAUUGCCAUCCUCAGCGAUCUCAGUGGUUCAGUGUCCGAUGUCUGUGGCAUAAUCAUAAUCAACGGUGUGCAUAUGUGACAAAUACAAGUAGCUUCCAA